AUGCCGGCAGUGAGCUCGAUAGACAUCACAGAUAGGGACCUGGGGUCAGAGGAGUCCAUGUGGGCACUAUAUGAGCGUUGGUGUGAGCAUCUCAAUGUGGAUUGUGACCACGGUGACAAGGCUCGGCGAUUUAACGUGUUCAAAGAAAAUGCUCGCAUGAUCCACGAAUUCAACCAAGGUGAUGCACCCUACAAGCUGAGCCUAAACCUCUUCGGUGACAUGACCGAUGAAGAGGUUGACCACGUGUACGGUCACUGCUCUAACCUCACGUCAGAUGGUGGGAACCGGCACCAAGGCAAGUUCACACAUGGCGUUGUUGUUGCGCGCGACGACCUCCCAAUGUAUGUGGACUGGCGCAUGAUGGGUUAUGAUCAACGCCCAUCAGCGGUGACAAGCGUGAAGCGGAAAAUUGGCUGUCGGGCCUGUUGGGCCUUUGCAGCAACGGCGGCCGUGGAGGGCAUCAACUCUAUUAGGACCAGGAAGCUGAUUCCAUUGUCCGCGCAACAACUUGUAGACUGCGACAAGAAAAAUUUCGGCUGUCGUGGCGGCAACGCACAAUUGGCCUUCAAGUACAUAAAAGAAAACGGAGGCAUCACCAGUGAUGCUAACUAUCCGUAUGUUGCCUUUGAGCAGGGUCGUUGCUUGGUGCCAAAAAAGAACCCCAUCAUCACCAUCGACGGCUUCAAACGGGUGCCGCCAAAUGAUGAGCUGGCCUUGAUGCAGGCGGUGGCAUCCCAACCGGUCGUUGUGGUAGUUGACCCGAAUGGCUUCCGGCGAUACGGGGGAGGCGUAUUUGUGGGGCCGUGUGGGACGAAUCUGACCCAUGAAAUGAUAGUGGUGGGCUAUGGCACCACCGAUGAGCAUGACCUCAAGAGACGUGUAGACUACUGGAUCAUAAAGAACUCAUGGGGGGCAAAAUGGGGUGAAGACGGCUACAUCCGCAUGGCACGCGGCGUGAGCGGUCUCACCGAGGGAUUAUGUGGCAUCCUGAUGGAAGCGUCAUACCCAGUGAAAAAUUAA